AUGAUACCCCGCUGCUGCCAUCGUUCAUCAGCCGUUGCACUCACUCGCCUUGUGAAACCAUCACAACUACCCUCAAUCUCAUCUCAUCAACAACUUCAACUGCCAGUCUCCAAACCAGCAUUCUAUCACCAACCAAUCACUCCCAGACACUUCGCGACAACAACAGUCAACAUGUCUUCCGCCACUACCUUUUACGACUUCAAGUCCCUCGACAAGAAGGGCUCCGAACUCCCGCUCUCCACCUACCAAGGCAAAGUCGUCCUCGUCGUCAACGUUGCCUCCAAGUGCGGCUUCACCCCGCAAUACGCAGGCCUCGAGAGCGUCUACAAGGAGAUCAAGGAGAAGUACCCCAACGACUUUGAGAUCCUGGGUUUCCCGUGCAACCAGUUUGGCGGGCAGGAGCCGGGAACCGAGGAGGAGAUCAGCUCGUUCUGCCAGCUCAACUAUGGCGUCUCGUUUCCCAUCAUGAAGAAGGUCGAGGUCAACGGCGACAACGCCACGCCCGUGUACGAGUGGAUGAAGAACGAGAAGCCCGGCCUGAUGGGGCUGAAGCGCAUCAAGUGGAACUUUGAGAAGUUUUUGAUUGGAAAGGAUGGCAAGGUUAAGGGAAGGUGGGCGAGCACGACUAAGCCGGAGAGUCUGAAGGAUGCUAUUCUUAAGGAGUUGGGCGAGUAA